AUGGCAUAUUGGACAAUACAGAUAAUUUGUGAAUCACACGGAUGCUCGUUUCAUCACUUGCUCACUCUCGUCCAACAUCACCACUCCAAGUCUCUCCAAAUCAGCGAAGGAACCAGGUAUCAAAGUAAACAACCAAGGCGGUGCUCUUCUUGGCUCUCCCCACCCCCAAAUCACCUCAUGGACCAUCUCAGACCUCAAAGUACAAUUUCACGCUACCGAACAACCACAUACUGCGCCCCUCCUCAUCUCCACAUUGCGAGCAUGCUGGCGCUCUGCCCCUCUCUUCUCUCAGAUUCACGGCCUCUCCCACCCCUACUUGUCCCAUUGAACGAAACAGUGGCCGUCGUGCCUCUCUAUUCGCCAUCACCAUUCCCCCUCCCCUGUUCCGGGCUCCAUCACAGCGAGGCAGGAGUCACUGGGUGGGCAUAA